AUGUUGUUAGCCGCCUGCUUUCUCGCAUCAAUCACUUAUUUUACCGCCAUCGUCGUCUAUCGUUUGUAUUUCAGCCCGCUUUCACGCUUUCCUGGCCCCAAAAUUGCCGCUCUGACUUUUGCCUACGAAUUCUAUUUUGACUUUUUCAAAGAUGGAGGUGGCAGGUACUGGUCUGAGAUCAAUCGCAUGCACGAUAGAUGGGGAUCCAUUGUACGGAUAAAUCCCUGGGAGUUGCACAUUCGAGACUCAGAUUUCAGCGAGUCAUACAAACUUUCUAGGAAAGGAACCAGACCAUGGUGGUAUUACCGGUCGAACGGCCCACCGAAUUCGGUACUACAAGCUGGUCCACACGAGCUCCAUCGCAUGCGACGUGAGGCUAUACUUCCCAUUUUCGCUCCAUCUCUUAUAAAAUCUCGUGAGAACCUAUAUGAGAAAUUAGUUCAAAAACUGCUUGCAAGGUUCCGAGCUGCGAAGGGCAUUGGUAGUGUAAUAACAUUGGGACAUGCAAUGCGAUGUCUAGCUAUUGACGUAACAUGUACAACAAAUCUCGGAUACAAUUUUGGAUUUGUCGAUACCCGAGACUUUGAACGUGACAUGUUCAACUUUGCAAGAACCUUGGGGCGCAUGAAUAUGAUCAGUCGUCAUAUCGGGCACUGGUUCUUUGGGGUGAUGCGAGCACCAGCACGCUGGGCCAAACGUGCGGAGCCCGCUAGUCCUGCCAUGGUGCGUGUCCUGCAUUUCAGGAAUUUGAUCGACAAGAGCGUCGCAGACCAGUAUUUGGCAAUAAUGACGGCUUCAUCUACGUCUGGAAAGGCCACUAUUGCAGACGAAAAGACUCGAUUCCGAUCUACUGUUGAGUGUAUUCUUGAUUCCAAUCUUCCAGCACAUGAGAAGCAACUUCAGCGAGUGGUAAACGAGGUCUGGUUAUGCAUCAAUGCGGGAAUCGACACGACUGGUCAAGCCAUGACGUGUGCGGCAUACAUGGUAUUAAGCCAUCCUGAAGUGCUCAAGAGACUGAGAGAAGAAAUUGGACAGUGCGAAGUUCGCCUUGGCCGGCUGCCUAGUUCCCAUGAAUUGCGGGAAUUAAGUUAUCUUAAUGCAGUCGUACAGGAAGCCUUUCGUCUCAAUCACCCUAUCGCUGGUCGUUUGCCUAGGACAGAUCCUGAUAAUGAGAUCCUGUACAAAGACAAAGUGAUUCCGAAGAAUGUCACGGUCUCGACUUCAACGUUCGAUGUUUACCUCGACUCCAACAUUUUCCGCGAUCCCCACAAAUUUUUGCCAGAAAGAUGGCUUGAUGAGGGCGAGCGAAAGCGCCUACGUAAGUACGUCAACAAUUUUGGGCGCGGAGCCCGCAAUUGUGUCGGCAUGGAGGUGGCGAACAUGACCAUCUUCUUAACCUUGGGACGCCUUUUUUCGCCUUCACUUGACUUUGAAUUGUCAUUGCACGAUACAAGUUUUGAGCGCGAUGUUGUUUUUUACACGGACUUCUUUGGGACAUUUCCUACGAAGGACUCGAACCAUGUUCAAGUAACUGUAAGGUAAUCAAAAUGAUUCAAUACAA